AGAGGAGGAUACUACCCAGGAACAUUUACUGAUUCACCUUUGCUUUUAUAAAACAAGUCAUUUUAAAGUUUUGAUGUGCUUUUUAGCUCCUCUGCAGUAAUGAUAUUUUGAAGCAGCAUUACUCCUACCUGAGAACAGAGGUACGUUUCUCAGGUUCCUUCACUGAUUGACAGACACCAGGCAUAGACGUCUAUGUGCAGCAACCGAAGUUGAAAGGCACAACUGGCACAGCUGUGCAUUUAAAAAAAAUUAAUUUAGUGGAAUAACAAAGGAAAGAGAAGAAUGGCGCUCUACGGGGCACAUCAGGCCUUUUCCAAGGAUUAGGAUCUGACCAGAGGGCAACAUGGCUCCUCUAUUCACUGUGUGCCCAGCCGGCCUUAUCGCCAUCAGUCUGACAUUCUGUUUAUCUGACGCUGCAGACAAAUCUGCUAGCCUGAGAGAAACGGACACAAAGAAUAUGGAUGAUCAGCAGUUUAGCUGUGGAGGCCCCGGAGCCCAUCGCUCUCGCUUACCCAGCUUUCCCAGCAGCCCUCAGUGUUCAUCUGGGGUUUUUCCCAACAGCCACAGUUUGAGGAUAUGCUUUUCUUUUUCAGGGUUUCUUAUAUCUGGUGCAUUAAACUCCAGUUGGUGGAUAUUUAAAGUCGAUAUAUUCAAUCGGCAUCACUGAGCUGAAGCCUUGGAGUCCCUAUAGAGACGAGAAGCAGGGUUACGUUUUUACACCUAGGGUGACGGAAGACCAGGAGCCUGCUACCAUGGCGUCUUUUCAGUUGGAUUUUCUUCCAGAAAAGUUGGUGGAUCAUCACUCUUUGGACGCUGCUCCUGCCAGGAAGAAGAUGAAUGGAGCCCUGGACCAUUCUGAUCAACCAGACAUUGAUGCUAUUAAGAUGUUUGUAGGGCAAAUCCCACGGUCUUGGUCAGAGGAGCAGCUUCAUGACCUGUUUAAUCCCUACGGAGCAAUCUACGAGAUUAAUAUUCUGCGAGACCGCAGCCAAAACCCACCAAUGAGCAAAGGAUGCUGUUUUAUAACAUACUAUACACGCAAAUCAGCUUUGGAGGCCCAGAAUGCUCUUCACAACCUGAAGAUUCUCCCCGGGAUGCAUCACCCAAUCCAGAUGAAGCCAGCUGACAGUGAAAAAAGCAAUGCAGUAGAGGACAGAAAACUUUUUAUUGGAAUGAUCUCCAAGAAGUGCAAUGAAAACGACAUUCGAUUGAUGUUCUCACCAUACGGACAGAUAGAGGAAUGUCGGAUACUUCGAGGCCCCAAUGGACUCAGUCGUGGAUGUGCAUUUGUAACAUUUACAAGUCGACAGAUGGCACAGUCUGCUAUCAAGUCAAUGCAUCAGUCACAAACACUGGAGGGCUGUUCAUCACCCAUUGUGGUGAAAUUUGCGGAUACUCAGAAAGACAAGGAGCAGAAACGCCUGGCUCAACAGCUGCAGCAGCAGAUGCAGCAACUUAGUGCUGCUUCCAUGUUGGGAAAUCUAUCUGGUUUCCACAAUCUUGGGCCACAGCUCCUUGCAUUGUACUUGCAGAUGUUGCAGCAGUCCACCCUGACAGGGGCUACACUCAGCAAUCUACACCAAGUUUCAGGUCUGAAUACCAUGCAGAAUCUGGCAGCUUUAGCUGCUGCAGCAACAGCCACUCAGGGUACAUCGUCUUCUUCCAGCUCCAUGGCAACAUCUGGUAGUCCAUUAAGUGCACUAACCAGCACAGGCAUGGCAACAAUAAAUGGCGGUCUUUCCUCUGGUGGUUUGUUGCAUGGCUCAGGUACUACAAUGGAAGCACUGAGCCAAGCAUACUCUGGCAUUCAACAGUAUGCAACUGCUGCACUGCCCAACCUGUAUAACCAGAGCCUUCUAUCCCAGCAAAAUCUGUCUGCAGCAGCAGGAAGCCAAAAGGAAGGCUUUGUGAGCUACGAUAAUCCAGUGUCAUCACAGGCAGCCAUCCAAUCCAUGAACGGCUUCCAGAUUGGGAUGAAAAGGCUGAAGGUCCAACUGAAGCGUUCAAAGAAUGAUAGUAAGCCGUACUGAUAUAUUGACGAGGACUGCAGAUGAAGGAAGCACAUUAUGAACAAACAGCCAAGAUUUAUUUGUUUUAUGGUUAAGGUACGCUCUAUGAUAUUUUAUCUUAAAUAAGCAGCGAAAUGGGUCAAAUAGUUGAAGUUUUUUUCUCCUGUUUUAUUGAUAUUUGUAAGUUAUUUAUUAUAGAAUGUAAUUUAUAACAGAAAAGGUACAGAAUCUGUUUGCAUAGCCAACCAUGCUUGUGUAAGACAAGAUCUGUUUUUCUACAUUGAAUUGAUGCUUAUAUUUUGUAAAAUCAUCCUGCUUGAUGAUUGUUUAAUUGGAUUUAAGUCAGGUACAGAUUGUGGUUUACAAUGAUUCUUUUUCUUUUUUCUAAUCUGUUGUCAUCAGUGAUCUGACAUCAGUCUUUCUGAGUGCAUAAUCAUAAUCUAGUUGUUGUCUCUGAAUAACAGCUGAAUGGCAUAUUAAGUAUUGUUAUGUGAGAGUUUUAAAAAUGUGUUUAUGGUUUGUAUAUUAAAAAGAUUACACUGA